GCCUCCUGAUGCACGGAGGAGCGGCAGCUUGGGUGCGAACAUCUGGAACCAGGUUCAACAACGACCAGAAAAUGUCCAGAUCAAUCACUGUCAUUCUGACACUCCUGUGCCUUUUGGUGCUUGGACCUUCUUACAGUAAAGGGGGCAAGAUUCUGGUGGUUCCCGUUGAUGGAAGCCAAUGGCUCAACAUGAAGGUCAUCAUUGAACAGCUUCACUCCAGAGGACAUGAAAUCACAGUUCUGCAUACUAGCAAGACCUGGUUCAUCUCCAGUAACUCCUCCAUGUAUACUUCUAUUCAUGCUCCAGUGCAAGGGACAAAGUGGGUCAAGGAAGUCAUGAAUAUAUAUGUGCAAAAUAUUUUAGAUUUACGCAGCUAUCCCAAUUUCAUACGCCAAUUUUACCAGCAGCAGUUUUUUUCAUCACUGGUGCAGUUGGGACAUAUCAGCUUGGCCAACAUAGCUGCUGGAGCGUUAGAUGACUCUGUGUUUAUAAAGACAUUGAAGGACUCUAAGUUUGACCUAAUGUUGACAGAUCCUGCUCUGACUUUAGGAGUUAUUCUUGGUAAUUACCUGAAGCUGCCGAUGGUUCUUAAUGUGCGAUGGAUUAAUCAAGGAGACGGUCAUUUUGCCAUUGCUCCCUCGCCUGUCUCCUACGUACCUGUAGACCAUAGUGAGCUUCAUGAUCAAAUGGAUUUUAUCGAUCGAACAAAGAAUAUGUUGCACUACCUCUACACUGUCUAUGUGCAGCAUUUUCUGAUUGAACCCUCCUACUCAGAUGUGUUUCAGCGUCACUUCCCUCCUGGGACUGACUUGUUGUCUUUACAGCGUUCAGCUGAUAUCUGGUUGUUCAGGGCAGAUUUUGUCUUUGAGUUCCCUCGGCCCACCAUGCCCAAUGUGGUCUACAUUGGAGGGUUCCAGUGCAAAGAAGCCAAACCCCUCCCUGCAGAGUUGGAGGCGUUCAUGCAGAGUUCUGGGGAACACGGGGUGAUCGUCAUGUCUCUGGGGACACUGGUGUCAGCUCUACCUGCUGAAGUCAACGAGGCUAUCGCUGCUGCUUUUGCUCAGCUCCCUCAGAAGGUCAUUUGGAAGUUUGACAAGGAAAAGCCUUCUUCUCUUGGUAACAACACCCUGCUGGUGAACUGGCUGCCCCAAAAGGACCUCCUGGGACAUCCCAAGACCCGGGUCUUUGUAACCCAUGGAGGAACAAAUGCCAUAUAUGAAACCAUCUACCACGGUGUUCCUGUUCUGGGUAUGCCCCUCCUUUUUGACCAGUUUGACAACUUACUAAGACUGAAGGUCCGCGGUGCAGCUCGGGUAGUGGAAGUCCGUUCACUGACCAAAGAGAACUUCUUGGAGGCUCUAAAGGACCUCAUAGAGAAUCCCUCUUACCACAAGAACAUCCAACACCUCUCUCUGCUUUACCGUGACCGUCCAAUGUCUCCUUUGGACGAAGCCAUCUUCUGGAUUGAGUACGUCAUCAGGAACAAAGGAGCUGCCCACCUGAAGUCCGCAGGUUUCAGCCUGCCUUGGUAUACCUACUUCUGUCUGGAUGUGGCCGCCAUUUUGAUGGCCAUAACUGGAACCUUCAUCUGGGGUUUAGUCCUGGUCUGCAGGUGUCUCUGCGGCCAGAGGUUCAAGAAUAAGAUGAAAGCAGAAUAAAUGAUUAAAGUGCUUUUUAUACAAGUGUGUUUUACCACAGCUACAUGCAGUGUGAUGUACUGUAACACCUGACUCAUAAUGAAAUGUUUAAUGACAAUAAAGCUUUUAACCAACA